AUGGCAGCUACGGCCUCGAUGGCCUCGAUGGCCUCGGACUGGCCCGCCGCCGCCCAACAACCACCACCGCCGGCCUCGGCUUCGUCGUCAAACUACCUCGACCUGGACGCGCUUGAGGUCGACCGCGUAGCCGAGCACCACCACCGCCAGCAGCUGCUGCGUCAAUACCGGGACCCGCGCGACUACUACGAGCGAUACGCAAGUUCGUCCAGCGGCGGUCACUCGAGUUACGAUCACGGCAGCGACGGGCCCACCUCGUCGUCGGCGUAUGGGAACAACACCAGCUCUUCACUCCCCCGCUCCCGCACGCGCUCAGCGUUUGGCUCUUCCAUACCCACUUCUUCUUCUGCCAACUGGGACGACCAGCCGUUGCCCUCUGCGUACGCCCAGGCAUCAGCGUAUCGGACCACCAGCACUGCAGCAGCCGCAGCCGCUACCAGUGGCAACGGGUACGCUACAGCUGUGAACAACGGCUACGGCUACGCCGCGCCCAGCAGCUCCAACGGCCACGGCGACUCUGCAUACUACUAUUCAUACAGCCCGUCCUCGACACCGCUCGAUUCAUCACCCACGCGCACAUCGCGCCCCAUCACCCCAUUGUCGGCGGCCGCAACACCGCGCGCCAUCCCGCACUCGUACUCUACGCCCAACACGAGCGCUCUUCUCGCACGCGAAGACUCGGGAGACUCUGGCGAGUCGUACGGUUCUGCACGUUCGCGACAGGACUCGCGAGACUACUCGCACACCGGUCGCCCAGAGACACCCCGCUCGCGCAUCCCCACACGGCCCCGAGCGUACUCGGCGUCGGCGGCCAGUGCCGACUACCACUAUCAAGAGACACUUGCCGACUACCCGCCGCCAGUGCCCCCUCUCCCUUCAGGCCCAUCACAAUCGUUCCCCCAACCCCCACCUUCCCCUUCGCAAUCGUCGCUCGCCAUGUCUGUCUCGUCACGUGCGCCCGACCCACCACACCGUUUAGCGACAGCCGGCGGCGCAGGCGCCGCCGGCGCUGCCUCGUCUGGCAUCCCCGUGCUCAAGACGCGCGGGCGCAGUACUGCCCGAGCGCCGUCGCCCGAUCUCCCGCGCGGCGAGAUGCUCGCCGAUGAGAAACCGCCGUUCCGCGUCGACCUCGAUGCGGCGCUCGCAGAAAUCGAGGACGAGCUCGAAGUCCGUGCUAUCCAGAGGUUUGCCCAGGCCCGGCCCAGUGCCAACAACCCAGGCGCGAACCGCCAACCGCGCAAAAUGCCCGCGCGCGCAGCCACCACGCCGAGUCCCAGCCGCAGCGGUCCCCUUGCCACCAGCACCAGCAGCAGCGGCAGUGGCAGCACACCAUCAGCGGGGCCCUCGACGCCGUCGGCGCUCCCAAUAUCCCAGCGUGGCGUGCGCGCCAAGUCGCGCAGCAACGCUUCAAAAUCCAUCUCCCACAGGAACAACUCCAUCUCGGGCCUGCCCCGUACCCCCAACAGUACGCUUGGGCGGGCGGCGACGCUCGACCGCGGGCCACCGUCCGCCGUCGACACGCCGCCGACGACGGCACCGUCGACGCUCAACGGGCGCAAGCGCCACGGCUCCGACUCUACACAUAACACGACCCCAGCUGUCCGCCAGCGAAAACAGUCCACCACCACAACACCGCGCGCGGCGCGUGCCGUCAACGGCCGGGCAAACCUCUCGGCGUCCGCAUCGCCCGCCAGCGGAAUCCCCACGCUCAGCGCGUCGCUCAAUUCGCGCGGCACCACGCCACACCUCGGCGUCGCAGCGCACUUUGUGCCGCCCGAAAACGACUUUGCGCCGCCAAAGGGCGCCGACUGGGACGAUGUUGUGCUCCCGACCGUGGCCAAGAAGCUCGGUAUACAGGUCGUCACUGCUGGAGCACAAGGGUCCGACGAGGAGGCGCACUCGGGAGACGACGACCUCGCCAUCGAGUGGGACAAGGACGGCACACCCAUCAGGUGGGAGAAGCGCGCGCAGCGCUCCACGCCCGGCGGUCUGUCCAGUGCGGAUUUCGCGGCCAACUCGCGUCGCAACGAUUUCGGGCCCGGCACAGCGCCCUAUCCCGACGACGACGAGGACUGGAACGCCGCCAACCAGCAGCCGUCGCCCACGCGCGCCCCGCUCGGCACCGGUCUCGAGCCCGCACCCCUGCGCACGAGCACCGCGCAGCCGACGAGCUGGGCCGAGCAGCCCGCUACCACCACCACUACCGCCCCGGUUCCCAUCCGCCCGGCCCAGCAGAACGCCGCGCUGUUCGUCCCCCAGGGCCCACCGCGCGCCGCUCCUCUGCCCCCCGCAGCCAACCACCCCCGCCCCGCGGCACAAGACUCGUUCGCGCCGUCGCCCAUGUUUCAGUCGCCCGCUCUGGCACCAGGAAGCAAGGGCGGCAAGGCCAAGCGCGCCGACCACGACGACGAGGUCAAGGGCGGCUGUGGCUGUCUGAUCAUGUAA